AAGUACGUUCCUCGGGCCAUCCUAGUGGACCUGGAACCAGGGACCAUGGACUCCGUGCGCUCAGGACCCUUUGGGCAGAUCUUCAGGCCAGACAACUUCGUGUUUGGCCAAAGCGGCGCCGGCAACAACUGGGCCAAAGGUCACUACACGGAAGGGGCCGAACUGGUGGACUCGGUGCUGGACGUGGUGAGGAAGGAGGCUGAGAGUUGUGAUUGUCUCCAGGGCUUCCAGUUGACCCAUUCCUUGGGUGGUGGCACCGGUUCAGGCAUGGGGACCCUCCUGAUCUCCAAGAUCAGGGAGGAAUAUCCCGACAGGAUCAUGAACACCUUCAGUGUGGUCCCUUCCCCCAAGGUGUCGGACACGGUGGUGGAACCUUACAACGCCACCUUGUCCGUCCACCAGCUGGUGGAGAACACAGAUGAGACCUAUUGCAUCGACAACGAGGCCCUCUAUGACAUCUGCUUCCGCACCCUCAAGCUCACCACCCCCACCUAUGGUGACCUCAACCACCUGGUCUCUGCCACCAUGAGUGGUGUCACCACCUGCCUCCGUUUCCCCGGCCAACUCAACGCCGACCUCCGCAAGUUGGCCGUCAACAUGGUCCCCUUCCCAAGGCUCCACUUCUUCAUGCCUGGCUUUGCUCCCUUGACCUCCAGGGGUAGCCAACAAUACAGGGCCUUGACAGUCCCAGAGUUGACCCAACAGGUCUUUGAUGCCAAGAACAUGAUGGCAGCUUGCGACCCACGUCACGGGCGCUACCUGACGGUGGCCGCCAUCUUCCGCGGCCGCAUGUCCAUGAAGGAGGUGGACGAGCAGAUGCUCAACGUGCAGAACAAGAACAGCAGCUACUUCGUGGAGUGGAUCCCCAACAACGUGAAGACGGCCGUCUGCGACAUCCCCCCGCGCGGCCUCAAGAUGUCGGCCACCUUCAUCGGCAACAGCACGGCCAUCCAGGAGCUCUUCAAGAGGAUCUCGGAGCAGUUCACGGCCAUGUUCCGGCGCAAGGCUUUCCUGCACUGGUACACGGGCGAGGGCAUGGACGAGAUGGAGUUCACCGAGGCCGAGAGCAACAUGAACGACCUGGUCUCCGAGUACCAGCAAUACCAGGACGCCACUGCUGACGAGCAGGGGGAGUUUGAAGAGGAAGGAGAGGAGGAUGAGGCGUAAAGUUCCCUGGUAUCAAUGGAACUUCUGUAAAGCAGGCAUGUGUACUGGAUGACUUCUGGUAGUGGUGGUGAAGCAUGUUGUCUAGAAACUGUGUGCCCGAUUAUCCUCUCAGCACUUGUAACUUUGACAGAUUUCUCAAUGUACCAAUCCUGAAUCCCAGUUAUUACAAUGUUUUUGUUUAAUGUUAAAAGCACAUAAAGGCAUGUAUUCUAGA